AUGUCUGGGAUCCCUGCAACUGAAUACCCUUCUUGGACAAAGCUUCAGCAGAUAUAUGACGCUGAGCACUCGCGGCUUAUUCUCCGCGAUCUGUUUGCCCAGGACCCAGACCGCUUCUCCAAGUUCUCCAAAGAGUAUACGUCCACCUCUGGUCCAGAUGUAACUUUCCUCCUCGACUACUCGAAGAACCUGAUCACCCAACCCAUCCUCGACACACUUCUGUCGCUUGCCCGCGAAGCCCAAGUCGAGUCUUUCCGCAACAAAAUGUUUGCUGGAGAACACAUCAACACAUCAGAAGACCGCGCCGUCCUCCACAUUGCGCUGCGUAAUUUCAACGACUUUUCCAUUUCCGAGGCGGGCACGGACGAGGUGGCCAAGGUCCUGGAACAUAUGAAGGUUUUCUCAAAUGCGGUCCGGAGCGGCGAAUGGAAGGGUUAUACCGGUAAAACUAUCGACACGAUUGUCAACAUCGGUAUUGGCGGUUCCGAUUUGGGGCCGGUCAUGGUCACAGAAGCACUCAAGGCGUACUCCAAACGCGACCUCACCGCGCACUUUGUCUCAAAUAUCGAUGGAACUCACCUUGCAGAGACCGUUAAGCUUUGCAACCCGGAAACAACCCUCUUUAUCAUCGCCAGCAAGACGUUUACAACUCAGGAAACUAUCACCAACGCCGAGAGCGCACGGGACUGGUUCCUCGCUACCGCAAAAGACAAGGCCCACGUUGCUAAACACUUUGUUGCCCUGAGCACAAAUACCGCCGCUGUUACCGCAUUUGGAAUCGCCGAAGAAAACAUGUUCCAGUUCUGGGAUUGGGUUGGCGGUCGUUACAGUCUUUGGAGUGCGAUUGGCUUGUCGAUUGCACUGGUGAUCGGAUUCGAUAACUUUGAACAACUGCUGAAAGGCGCUCAUGCGAUGGAUCAACACUUCCUUAACACACCACUCGAAAACAAUCUACCGGUUCUGCUAGCUGUUAUCGGGAUUUGGUAUAACGACUUCUAUGGUGCCCAGACACACGUGCUCCUGCCCUACGACCAGUACUUGCACAAAUUUGCGGACUACUUCCAGCAAGGCGACAUGGAGUCUAACGGGAAGACGGUCACGAAAGGCGGCCAACGUGUAACCUACCAGACCGGGGCAAGUAGCGUCACAUUUUCCGGUGUUUCAGGCACCAAUGGCCAACACUCCUUUUACCAACUCAUCCACCAGGGCACCAAGAUCAUUCCCGCUGACUUCCUUGCGCCAGCAACGACACACAACCCCAUCGCGCAGUCUAAGCACCACCGCAUCCUGUUGUCCAACUUCUUCGCCCAGCCAGAGGCACUGGCGUUUGGCAAGACGGAGGAGGAAGUCCGCAAGGAGCUGGGCCCUGGCCAGUCAGAGGCGCUCUAUAAGAGUAAAGUCUUUGAAGGCAACAAGCCGAGCAACAGUUUAAUGUUCCCCAAACUGACCCCCGCAACGCUUGGUGCGCUGAUUGCGCUGUACGAACACAAGAUCUUCGUCCAAGGUGUUGUGUGGGGUAUCAAUUCGUUCGACCAGAUGGGUGUCGAACUGGGUAAAGUGCUGGCGAAGAAUAUUUUGGCCCAGCUCGGUGCGCCUGCGGACGUUAAAGGCCACGACAGCUCGACGACUGGCCUGAUCCACUACUACCAGAAGCAUCGCCAGGAAUGA